CUGUGAAGAGGGGCGUACGACGUUUACACAUUUUGGGAGAGAAGUGACUUUUAACCCUGCUUAUCCCAGCUUUCAAGCCGUGGGUGCAGCAAAAUAACGGAGACGUUUCCGAACAGAGAAGCGAGCCCUCACUCAGCUUGCUCCACCCUCACAGCUUCCCGAGGUUCUCCCCGUGCGCGCGCGCGUAGCUGUACAGGCCUCGUCAUUGGCCAACCGGAAGGAGGCGGGGCAGAGGGGGCGGGACCGAAUUUAUUGCGCCGCCGCAGAAGCGAAGGUCUCUGCACGUGCUUUCGGCUGCGAAAUGGAGCUGGAGGAGUCCGGGAUCCGGGAGGAAUGUGGCGUGUUCGGAUGUAUAGCCUCGGGAGAGUGGCCCACACAGCUAGAUGUGCCACAUGUGAUCACUUUGGGACUCGUGGGGCUGCAACACCGGGGUCAAGAGAGUGCCGGUAUUGUGACCAGUGAUGGAAGUUCAGACCCAACAUUCAGAACACACAAGGGAAUGGGUCUUGUAAAUCACGUAUUUACUGAAGACAAUUUGAAGAAAUUAUAUGAGUGCAAUCUUGGAAUUGGACACACGAGAUAUGCCACAACAGGAAACUCUGAAUUACAAAAUUGCCAACCCUUUGUUGUUGAAACGCUUCAUGGAAAAAUAGCAGUGGCACAUAAUGGAGAAUUGGUGAAUGCUACUCGAUUAAGGAAAAAGCUGCUACGCCGUGGCAUUGGUCUGGCAACAAGCUCUGAUAGCGAAAUGAUUACCCAGUUACUGGCAUAUACCCCUCCAGGUGAACAGGAUGACACCCCAGACUGGGUAGCAAGGAUUAAAAAUUUAAUGAAGGAAGCCCCCAUAGCAUACUCCCUGCUGAUAAUGCACAGAGAUGUUAUAUAUGCAGUUCGAGAUCCGUACGGGAACCGCCCUCUGUGCAUUGGUCGUCUUACUUCUGUACCAGAUAUAAACGAUAAAGAGAAGAAAUCUUCAGAAACUGAGGGAUGGGUGGUGUCUUCUGAAUCGUGUAGUUUUUUAUCUAUUGGUGCAAGGUAUCACCGUGAAAUCCUUCCUGGAGAAAUUGUAAAAAUAUCUCAACAUACUGUUAAAACUCUUGAUACUAUACCCAGACCUGAUGGAAGCACAAAUGCUUUUUGUAUCUUUGAGUAUGUUUAUUUUGCAAGACCAGACAGUAUAUUUGAAAACCAAAUGGUUUAUACAGUAAGGUACCGUUGUGGUCAGCGACUGGCAGUUGAGGCAGCUGUGGAUGCAGAUGUGGUCAGCACUGUCCCAGAAUCUGCUACACCUGCUGCUCUUGGUUAUGCGGCAAAGUGUGGGCUUCCAUAUGUGGAGGUGCUAUGUAAAAACAGAUAUGUGGGAAGAACCUUCAUACAGCCAAACAUGAGGUUGAGACAACUUGGUGUCGCAAAAAAAUUUGGAGUAUUGUCAGAAAACUUUAAAGGCAAAAGAAUUGUUCUUAUAGAUGAUUCAAUUGUGAGAGGAAAUACCAUUUCACCCAUAAUAAAAUUACUUAAGGAAUCUGGUGCAAAAGAGGUACAUGUUCGAGUAGCUUCACCCCCAAUUAGGCAUCCAUGUUUCAUGGGGAUAAACAUACCUACAAAAGAAGAACUUAUUGCCAAUAAACCAGAAUUUAAAUACCUGCCAGAAUAUCUAGGAGCAAACAGUGUUGUGUAUCUGUCAGUAGAAGGACUGGUUUCAUCUGUGCGAGAAAAGAUGAAGCAUGGAAGUAAUACUAAUGGUGUGACAUCUUAUUUUAAUAAUGGUCAUUGUACAGCUUGUCUCACUGGAACAUAUCCUGUGGAAUUGGAUUGGUAGUGACUGCAUAUUUCAAGAGAGAAAGUCACUGGAGAAGUCGUUGCACCAUAUCUAUUUACUGUUACUAAGUUGGUACAGUGUCAAGUACCACAUGCUUAUGUUUAAUUUUAUAAGCUUUGAGAUUUUUCUAAAAAUGGUACCAAAGUGCUGUGUGUUCUUUAAUAAAUCCUAGAUAAAUGUUUUGGUGUUGUCUAGGAAUUUGGGUGAUCUUUUCAGUUCAGUAGUACAGUGCUUUGAAGCUACCAAUUGUGAAAUCAUGGACAUUUAAUUUCAGAUCAGUAAUGAACAGGUAAAGUUUGUGUUAACGGGGAAUUACCAGGUACUGCACUGCCAUAGAAUCUUAGAGUAUUUUGUAGAAAGACAAUAUAAUUAAGUUAUGGAAUAUUUUUAUAAUUGAAUCCUGCCAAUUGCAUAUGAUACCAACAGAACUGCAUGUGGUUCUAUUCUUUAUACAAGCAGUGGCUGACCUUUUAUACCUGUUGAGAGAGGGCAAGUGAUUACUUACACUUUGGAAGACAUUGGGCUAUGAUUUUAUACCGCAAUAGGUCCUGUGAGUUAAAGAUAAUGUUUCAUGUAGAUCUUAAGUCCAGUAUACCUCAAAGCAAAUGUGUCGAGCCCCUCUAGAGUUGCCACUAUAUUUAGGUCCUGUUUUCCAUGUAUAAUCUUAAACAAACAAAAACAAAACCUUUUUUGUGCCUAACUUUCACCUGUAUAAUAGGGUGUUUAAGUCAUUAAAAUUUUUAUGUGGGUAAGAUAGUGCAUGCAUGAUUAUUAGUUUUUGAAAUGUAGGUCUGCAACUGAGGUUUCCUUAUUGUAAGGGAACCGUAAUUUGGUGGUGCUUUGCCACCUCUUUAAUGUGCCCUUAAAUGUUUGUAAAAACGUGUCCGUGGAAAAGUUUCCUACAUUUAACAAGAAAAAGGAGUCAUACUACUUAGUGCUCUCAUAAUGUAAGUCCAGCAAGUAAUCUAGUUCAUUGAAAUAAAAAUUCUUAGAAUUUUUUAUCCUUAA